AUGAGUUCCGCCUCGCUCAAGCACGUACUUCUCCUGGGCGGCCACGGCAAAAUCGCCCAACUCCUAACCCCACUGCUCCUCCGUCGCGGCUGGGACGUGACCAGCGUUAUUCGCACGGAUGACCAGUCCUCUACCGUUAGAGAGGUUCUUGAACGUGUUCAGCCUGAGGAUGAGGGUGUAGUUGGGAAGCUACAGGUGCUCGUGCAUAGUCUAGCAGAAGUCAAGACUCAAGAGGACGCAAGGGAGGUGAUUGAACGUGCUGGGAAGGAAAGAGACGUCGAUUAUGUUGUUUGGAGUGCUGGUGCCGGUGGGAAAGGCGGAGCCCAAAACACCAACGCCAUCGACAAAAUAGCCGCCAGCAACUUCGUCCUCGCGGCCGCAGAAGCCCCGAAAAUCACCCGUUUCUUACACGUCUCCCAUCUGGGCUCGCGCUACACCAAACCCGCUUGGUGGUCCGACUACGACUGGAAAGGGACCGACAAUAUCAACCACGAGGUCUUUCCGGUCUACUACGCCGCCAAGCUCGCCGUUGACGAGCUUCUAUACAGUGUAUCCAAAACAUCGGGGCCCUCGUUUGUAGGGAUCUCUUUGCGUCCGGGGUCGUUGUCGGAUGAGCCGGCGGGCAAGGUGGAGUUGGGCCGGACGGCGUCGUCCAAGGGUAAGAUAAGCCGGGAGGCGGUGGCGCGGGUAGCGGAUGUGUUGUUAGCGAGUGAGGGGGUCAAGAAUACUUGGUUGGAUUUGUUGGAUGGAGAGGAAGAGGUUGAGAGUGCGGUGAAGAAGGCUGUUGACGAAGGGGUGAAUGCUGUGGAGGGUGAGAAGUGUGCCUGA